AAGCAUGAUGGGACUAUGUGUGAUACUUGUCGACAGCAACCGAUCAUUGGUAUCCGAUGGAAAUGUGCUGAAUGCACAAAUUAUGACUUGUGCACAGUUUGUUAUCAUGGAGACAAACAUCACUUGAGGCAUCGUUUUUAUAGAAUUACCACCCCAGGAAGUGAAAGGGUAUUGUUAGAGUCUCGCCGUAAAUCAAAGAAAAUUACAGCAAGAGGAAUCUUUGCAGGUGCCAGGGUGGUACGAGGAGUUGACUGGCAAUGGGAAGAUCAAGAUGGUGGCAAUGGGCGUAGGGGAAAGGUAACUGAAAUCCAGGACUGGAGUGCGUCAAGUCCACAUAGUGCAGCAUAUGUUCUGUGGGACAAUGGUGCUAAAAACCUUUACAGAGUUGGCUUUGAGGGCAUGUCUGACCUGAAAUGUGUCCAGGAUGCAAAAGGAGGCUCUUUCUACAGGGACCAUUGUCCUGUGUUAGGUGAGCAAAAUGGUAACAGAAAUCCUGGUGGGCUGCAAAUUGGUGACCUUGUAAACAUUGACCUUGAUUUAGAAAUUGUACAGUCUUUGCAGCAUGGUCAUGGAGGAUGGACUGAUGGCAUGUUUGAAACCUUAACAACAACUGGAACAGUUUGUGGCAUUGAUGAGGAUCAUGACAUAGUAGUACAGUAUCCAAGUGGCAACAGGUGGACAUUUAACCCAGCUGUUCUUACCAAAGCUAAUGUUGUCCGAAGUGGAGAUGCUGCUCAAGGUGCAGAAGGAGGUACCUCACAAUUUCAAGUGGGUGACCUUGUUCAAGUAUGUUACGACUUGGAGCGGAUCAAGCUUCUUCAGAGAGGUCAUGGAGAGUGGGCUGAAGCAAUGCUUCCUACUUUAGGUAAAGUCGGUCGGGUCCAGCAGAUCUAUUCAGAUAGCGACUUAAAGGUAGAGGUUUGUGGGACAUCUUGGACGUACAAUCCAGCAGCUGUCUCAAAGGUGGCAUCAGCAGGAUCUGCUAUAAGUAAUGCAUCUGGUGAGAGAUUGUCGCAGCUGUUGAAGAAAUUAUUUGAAACCCAAGAAUCUGGAGAUCUCAAUGAAGAAUUGGUUAAAGCUGCUGCCAAUGGAGAUGUUGCUAAAGUGGAAGACCUGCUAAAGAGACCAGAUGUGGAUGUGAAUGGACAAUGCGCUGGGCACACAGCUAUGCAGGCAGCUAGUCAGAAUGGCCAUGUUGACAUUUUGAAGUUGCUUCUGAAGCAGAACGUGGAUGUAGAAGCAGAGGACAAAGAUGGAGACAGGGCAGUUCAUCAUGCAGCUUUCGGUGAUGAGGGUGCUGUGAUAGAGGUUUUGCACAGAGGCAGCGCAGAUUUAAAUGCUCGCAACAAACGCAGGCAGACUCCACUUCAUAUUGCUGUCAACAAAGGUCAUCUGCAAGUUGUGAAGACGUUACUGGACUUUGGCUGCCACCCUAGUCUCCAGGAUUCUGAGGGUGACACUCCACUCCAUGACGCAAUAAGUAAAAAGCGUGAUGACAUCCUUGCUGUAUUGUUAGAAGCUGGAGCAGAUGUUACUAUCACCAACAAUAAUGGAUUUAAUGCUCUUCACCAUGCUGCACUGAGAGGAAAUCCUAGUGCAAUGCGUGUGUUGCUGUCCAAGUUGCCACGACCAUGGAUUGUUGAUGAGAAAAAAGAUGAUGGUUAUACUGCCUUGCAUCUGGCAGCCCUGAAUAAUCACGUGGAAGUGGCUGAACUUUUGGUGCAUCAGGGCAAUGCUAACCUGGAUAUCCAGAAUGUUAACCAGCAGACUGCUCUGCACCUUGCCGUUGAACGACAGCAUACACAAAUAGUUAGGCUCUUAGUCCGUGCAGGUGCUAAACUGGAUAUUCAGGAUAAAGAUGGGGACACUCCCCUGCAUGAAGCCCUGAGACACCACACACUGUCGCAGCUCCGCCAACUCCAAGACAUGCAAGAUGUGGGCAAGGUAGAUACUGCUUGGGAGCCAUCAAAGAACACAUUAAUAAUGGGACUUGGCACUCAGGGAGCAGAGAAGAAGAGUGCAGCAUCUAUUGCCUGCUUCCUGGCAGCCAACGGAGCUGACCUCAGUAUUCGUAAUAAGAAGGGUCAGUCUCCUCUUGAUCUCUGCCCUGAUCCUAGCCUCUGCAAAGCAUUGGCUAAAUGUCACAAAGAAAAAGUCAGUGGUCAAGUUGGUUCCCGAAGUCCAUCUAUGAUCAACAAUGAUUCUGAAACCUUAGAAGAAUGUAUGGUGUGUUCAGACAUGAAGAGAGAUACUCUCUUUGGCCCGUGUGGACAUAUUGCCACUUGUUCUCUGUGCUCCCCACGGGUGAAAAAAUGCCUCAUCUGUAAAGAACAAGUUCAGUCUAGGACAAAGAUUGAAGAAUGUGUAGUGUGUUCAGACAAAAAGGCAGCAGUACUCUUCCAACCUUGUGGUCAUAUGUGUGCUUGUGAGAAUUGUGCAAGCUUGAUGAAGAAGUGCGUCCAGUGUCGGGCAGUGGUUGAGCGGCGAGUGCCUUUCAUAAUGUGCUGUGGAGGGAAAGCAAGCGGAAACAUUCCGGUUUUACAGAAGGACAAAGACAACACCAAUGUCAAUGCGGAUGUACAGAAGCUGCAGCAGCAGUUACAAGACAUCAAGGAACAGACUAUGUGUCCUGUCUGUUUGGACCGUCUGAAGAAUAUGAUCUUUCUCUGCGGCCAUGGAACAUGUCAACUUUGUGGAGACCGAAUGAGCGAAUGCCCUAUAUGCCGCAAGGCAAUUGAACGAAGGAUUCUUUUGUAUUAAAUAGUGGAACCAAUGUCUCUUAUUAGCUUAUUAAAUAGUAAGGACUUUUAGAUUAUUUAAAUCUCUGUAAGCUUGAAAGGCAGUAAAAGAUUCUAAUGAAAACAUUUCUAAUUCUGUAGCACGGGUUCGCUGCACGGUAAUUGUUUAAAGACUGUGAACGCACCAAAUAAGAGAACAGUAUUUGGACAGUCAGCUUUAGUCUUAAAAGAUAUGUAAGCUUAAAACUAACUUAAAACAGUCUUUUAUUUUCAUUCUCUUGUCUUCUUCCCCUUAAAGUGUAAAGGGACAAUCUUGUUUUGGUUUCUCAUGUUUUUUUCACUGUAUGUAUUGGGUGUCAAGUGCUGUAGAUUUUUUUUUUCGUUUAAUAUCGUCAGCUACUAUCAAAUAUAAAUAUUUAGGGUUUUUUGUUUUAUGCUUCUUUGAAGAAUGUUCAAAUGUCCUGUGACAGUUAUGGUUCACAAUAAUUUUUAUCCUAAGUUAUACAAUAAUGCAAAAUCAGUACAAAGUGUACACACAGUAGUAAUAAAUACUAUACUAUUCCUGUAGGAUCAGACCUCAAAAUGUAAUGUUAAAGUAAUUCUAGCUUUAACGUGCCCUUUGCUGCUAAGGAUGGAUCGGGAAGAAAAGAUCAGUGAAAAGAGACAAAUCUAACUCUAGAAAUACUGUGUUCCUAAAACUGCACUUUAGUCUAACAGGUUCAAGCUAACUUAAAUAGUGAACGUUUUAAUUCUACUAGCCGCGUAACUUUGUGUGGAAUUGUUUUUAACUUGACUGGAAAGGAGAACAAUGGGUCAGUUAUUUCAGAUGAUGAGUGAAUUUGAUCAGUCUUAGGGGAACAAAUAUAUAUGUGGAGUCAUGUAAAAAUUCUGAGUCUAUGAAUUAGAAGAACUGAUGAGGAAGUCUGCAAAAGUUAAGCUUCAAAAUCAUAUGAAGCAUGAACCAGGCUUUUACACAAAUAUAUGUUACUUUCCUCUUUUAAAUUAGUUUUAUUGUCUCCAGGAAAACGGUAUCAACAGCAAAAGAGAAGAUUUAAUAUUGCUAAUUUGUUUAAGUUGGGUAUUAACAGCAGAGCUUAGCUGGGAACAUUAAUAGGUAAUAUUGUAAAUCAAGAUUUUGUUGACAGAGUGAGGAAUUUUGUGAGCCACGCCUAGGUGAGAUAGAGGUGGCUGAGCAGGGGGGUUAGCUGUCGCUAAUGUGGCACACAGAGAUAGUCUUGGCUCUGAGAGUACCACUGCUAGCAACUGCAAAUUAUUAACAUUCUGGUAAUAAAUAUGCCCUUCCAGCUUUUUGAAUGGAAGACAAUAUGUUGAUUUGAGAUUCUCUUGUAGCUAAUAGGAAUGUCUGUUUACUCUUAAGUGAUUCAGCAGUUUACUAAGUGCACAUUUUAUGUAGCCCCUUGCCAUCCUGCAGACUUCAUUUGAGUGUGUUUUUUGCAAAAACAGUAAUGAUGUUGAGCACUGGAGUCGCUUAGAUGCCUCACUUGCAGCUAAGAAUAGUUUCUCAUUCACCCAUUAGAAUUGUCAAAAGCAUGGCAGAAGGGAUAGUACAGGGGAAGAUCCAGGUAAGGAUAAAGGGAUAAAACUGAUCUCUUGGGAAAAUCAAUCUGCCUUUUUAGGUUUGUACAGAUUUGCUUGAAUUUUGCUUUACAUACUUGAUAGUGGUUUUCAGGAAACUACUCCCCUCAUUUGGAAAACCAGUAUGUAGAGUGGCUGUUAACAAAACAGGCUGAAUUAAUACCUUGCUCCAGCCAUCUUUACUGCUGAUCCAGAAUUACAAAUGUUCAUUCUUUUCAGUAAUUUCUCACUGGAUACAAUCUUGAUCUGGAGUCAGUAUGCUAUUCUGUUUUAUUUUGUAUUCUAGUAGUCAUCCACUCUCGGAUAUUCUUUGUACCUGCCUUUUUGGCCACACCCAAUAGUUCUCCCUUUUCUUGCUUCUUUGGUCCCUAUUCUUAAAUAUCAAGACUCUCAAGUAACUUUGAUGGAAAACUUCUGGUAUAAGGCUUUUUUCAGUUUUUCAGUGUUUUCAGGUUUUUUUUCAGUCCAGCAUUUCCCAGUCUCCACUAAGGCUCUGACUGCAUGUGAUGUAUUCACUACAAUUUUCUUCUGGCCAAUAUGUACGUCACUAAGCAUGUCUGGAGCUUAUAUUCAGCGGCUGAAGUGUCUACAGUGCACUUCAUAGUUUCCUCUCAGUCUUCCUUUAAAAAUAAUUUUCUAAUAGGACAUUUGUUCCAUCCUUUGAGUUUUAUUCUGUAAUAAAUCAGACCUGUAGUUCAGUUUUCUCUAAUUCAGGUAGACACAUUUUGAAUAUUGUGUCCUAUUUAUUCUUUGGACCUCUAUAAAGUCAGCGCAAAGAGCAAACAGGAUGGAUUUCUUCUUGAUAAUACAGCUCAAAAUUGGAACCUCAUUAUAGCAGCUGAUGUUCACUGGAACAAGUCAGAAUUACUUGAAAGUAAUUCAACCUUGCGUUAGUUGAAUGAUUCACCUGAGCAAAAAGUGGUAUAAAGCAUCCUGGGUGGGAAACUGGAGUUGAAUGUUAAAUAUGCCUUAUCUGCAGGAAGCACAGAUUUUAGCCUAGAUAGGUAAGUGCUCAUACUUUCCAACAGAGAAACUGUAAAUUACUUUAUAACUGUUAAUACCUGGAGACCAUCACAGUCCUUGGGAAACAGAAGCAAUGACUGAAAUUAUUGUUGUAGGAGCAGUUGUAGUCGUUUUUGCUAUAGUUACGCCAGAUAUGUAUGACUACCUAUGUGUUUGUAAUUGGCCUCAUUGGACUGUCGUGUGUAAUUUGAAAUUGAAAUGUGUCAGCGUCAGGGAUUUAGCUUGAUUCUAUCAUGAUACGAAGAGAGAUGGCUGAAUUACCAAAACUAAGCAAAUCAGAAAAUGUGUGCUUAAAAUAUUAAUGUAGGUCUCUUAUUAACAGUGGAAAGAGAUGUAUUGUGAAGGCUGUGCAGUGCUUUCCUCUCAAAAGACUUGAAGAAAAAGAAGAAAAAUGUUUGCAAAUCAGGUACUGCUUUUGGAAGUAGAUGUUUAGAUCCGUACACUGUCCUUGAAUCCUGAAAAACAGGGUGAACUCAUGUUGCUGAGGAAGGUAGUAAGUUCAUUGAAGCAGCUUAGUAGCUAUAGUUUGCUGUCUAGUAUCAUCUGAGCAGUGUGCACAGAGUGCAGAUGUUUCUUGGGUAACACUUAAUCAGGAGAACGAAAAACAAACUCAGAUUGGAAGCCAAGGGUGGUCAUAGCAAAUAUGAGAGUUGGUAUAUGUCAUUGUGCACUGGUCUUCAGCAGAAGAUGAAAGGGUAAAUCUCAUUAUUAGGGAGCAAAGUGAAAAUGAGAAAAGAAAAACCAGUAAGUAGGCGUUUCACUUUAACAUACUGAAAAAUUAAGAAUUGCAACCUUUGUCUUAUAACAGUCCUCCAAUAUUUAAUAGCGGUUUUGAAAUUAAGUUGGAUAAAAUAUCUCAACUUAUUUCUUGAAGCAAUCGAGAAGGCAUCUAAUAAACAUCUGAGCAUACCUCACAUCUGAACAAUAUAUAUUAAGUAAAACAUUUUUCAUUUUUUCACGUUAGUAAAAGAUAUAGAUGGCCACAUCAGUACACAGUGAUUAAGAUGAUAACCUGACAGACUAACAAAAUAUGCUAAGUGGUUGUAAUUUGUUAACUUUUCUAGGAAGUGUAUUUUAUUUCCUCCCCUCACCUCACCCCCACAGGCCUGCUCCAUAUCACCCUCUAUACCCUAAGCUCCAAUAGGACUCAUGGCACUUUUUGAAAUUUGGGCCAGCGACACCUGUUUCUCAUUUGUUGAAAUACUGUGUACUUGCAUGUUACGGUUUGGAGGGAUCCCAUUUUGCUGAAGUGGAUACUGGAAAAAUUAGACCAGCAAGAGAAUACACAAGAGUUACUUAGCGAAUGUGAACGUUUCAUUAGAAGCUAAUGCUCUUAAUUUGAACUGAGUGAGGAUAUAGCAGAAUUUCACAAGUACUUGUGCCUUGUUAGCAUAGACUUACAAUCGGUAUUUUAGCUUGUUUAAAAGACAUAUAAAUAUUUUAAAAGUCUGAUUUGAUUAAGUACUUAUUGUAUAUAUAUUUUCUAGAGAUAAAGUUUUAUGUAUGUCUACUUAUUUUUAGCAGUAUUAAUCGCAGUUUAUAUAAACACUAAAUUGUUUGAAGAGGUUGCUUUGAGCUAACACUCUCUCUAAGCUUCCUCUACAGUGCUGCAAAUUAAAUGUCAGAAGCUUAAUUUUGCUGUUCGAGUAGUGGCUGGUAGACUGAAGAGCCUGCCCUGUUCUUUGUGUUGCGUGGGUCAGACUCAAAUUUUCACUUAAAAAAAUCACUACAGUGUAACUUUUAGUAAUGCUACCUCCUUUCUGUCAAAGUAUUGAGUUUUACUCCAGUUGUUCCUUAUCUUUGGGAAGGGAUGGGGGAACAUUUCAGUUUUGUUUUGCUACAUCAGUUUUGGUGUCUGAAUACAUGAUGAAGAGUUUUUACUGACUGUAUAAAUUACAUACAGUAGAAGUUUGUAAUUUGCCACAAUGUACAUUAUGUAUUAUUCGUACCUAAGUUGCUGAAAUUCAUACUGUUGUCUUUUUAUCUAUUUCAUAACUUGUCUUUGUUGACAAAGCAAAACUGUCAUCUGCAGAAGUUCUAGUGUGUGCCAUUUUCAUAGCUAAGCCUGUGGUAAAUAUGAAAGUUCUGACUCAGGGCUUUUUAACAACUUAAACGCAUUCGCAAUAUUCUUCAGCACAUCUUGAAGAGUAUUAGAGACGUAAUGACUGUACAGUGCCUUGAUAGAACUAUUGAAUGGGCAGUAGCCAUAGAGUCUUUACAAAAUGCAAAUAUCUUUUGAAUUCAACUAGUGAGCUUGUUAAUAUACCUGUAGUACACUGCCAUAUAUUUACAUACUUGUAUUUCUGUAAAGCAAAAUUAGCAGAUUUAGCUUUUGUUAAGCUUUUUGUAAGUUGUGCUUGAUUAUUGCUGCAGUCACGGGGGUCUGAGGGGCACAGUAUUCAAAUUUACAGAAGCAGCAUUUGUGGGAAAGUAAGUUGAUAAAAUGUUCUGUAUAUGGCAUUUUCAGUGUGAGGGGAGAUGACGUUUAAUAAACAAUUGCCAUUUUUAAAAAGCUGCUUUAUUCUGACCUAGAAAGUCUUUUAUAAGAAGGAAAAAAUAAUCAGCAGCAGAUCUGUCUGUUUGCAUGCCAUUUCAUAAUUAUGAAUAUUUGUCUCAUUUUGAGCUUCUAGGAAGUACUUUCUUUGUCCAAGUUUAGUGUCUUUAUGAAUACAAAAUAAUCAUAUUAGAAAACACAUUUUAGUGAACCACAACAACAUUUUUGCUUCUGUUUUAACAAAAAAAAAAAAACCUUUGUAUUUUUAGUAAAUUGUAGAUUUUUGACAUGUCUGUUUAUUGGCAAAUUUAAGGUUAUCUGUGUGAGUGUAGUGGAUUUCUGUAUGCAGAUAGCAUUACAUAAUUGCUUUUAUUAAAACUGCUUAGCGAAGUCUAAGCUUUUCAAAA